AUGCCACGAUCCCUGCCGGACACCUCCUCGUCGAGAGAUGAAAGCUACGACGCCACCGACAGUGAUGCCUUCACUGCUGCUGAAGUCAGUACUGACGACGAUGCUGCUAUGGAUCCUUCCAUGGGUGGUGCCACUGGAUCCACUGACAACAGGGAGGCUCCCGCCUUCGCAGGGCCCAUGCCUGAGCAUCCACCAAUGGCGUCCCCAGCAGUACCGAGCCUCCAGAUACCGGAAGCCUUCCCCGACUACCCAUCCUUCCUGGAAAAGAAUGCGGUCAUGGCUCUCAGAGAGCUAUGCUUUUUCUUCCUGGCUGGCCACCUCACCUUCCACCACGAGAACAAGCGUGUAUCCACGGCCAAAUAUGCAGCGCAACGACGUAGCCGCGGCAACCAGGACCCAGGCGAUCUGUAUGCCUAUGUCUACAUACAGUUGGAUGAAGUUCCAGCCGCACGCCUGGAUACGGCUUACCAAGCUUUGGCUGAGCUUUGGAAUAAGGGAGUUCCGGAGAACGAUGUGGCCUGGCUGGCCAGCGUGGGCUCCUUCGAGGAUCCUCCGAAGCAUGUAUGCCUCCUGCACAUGGACCGUAUGCUCAGACAAAGUUUGCGCCGGCACAUGGAUGCAGCAAGCGCGGACCACAUGGCGGGUUACAUGGUGGACUAUAUCCGGGGAUUGGAUUUAUUCUAUAUCCCCACCUUGCUGGCUCUCUUCCCACUGUUGGAUGACGAUGGACGAUUGGAGUUUCAGCAAUGGUUCCACAACUACCCGCACCGCCCAGCAAACUACGACCCACCUGCUGCUGUCGAUGUGGCAGUCGCUUUCUUCGUCGACGAGGCAGAAACGCACUGGCGAGGCCCGCUGGAAUACGUGACCGGCCGCUUUGCCGCGCUGCAUUGUGGUGAGACUAGGUAUGAGACACCUGCCUUUACUAGGAGAUACUGGCACAACCGCAAGCGCACUCGGAUCGCCUGUUUCAAGCUGCGUGGGCACGUGCCACCCGGCACCUGCCAGACCUACGCCGGCCUGCCACACCUGAGCACCGCUGCCAAUCUGUCACAGAAUUGUGGCGGCACUGCCAGCGUCUCCGCCGUCAGAAGCUGUCCCAGCGCUUGCAAGAAGCGGCGUAAGCUCCAGUUGCGUGCCUCGACUGGUAUGCCCCUUGACAUUGCCUCUGUCUCUGCCAUUCGCACUGCCGCCUCAUGUCGCGCCAUCACGACUGUGGAAUGGCAUGCGGCGGACUUGUGCUUGAUCCCGAAACCAUCCAAACCCAUGACAGGAGGAGUUCUUUUGUCCAUUGACCUCCGACAGGCGUUCGAUGUAAUGCCGAGAUCCAAGCUACAGGAAGCCAUGGACCUUGCCAAAGUAGACCCAGCAGCUCAACAUGUUAUACUGCAGCUUCAUGCCCACGCCAGCCUCCGCGUCACCCAUGGCUCCCAAGUAGCCAUGCUGGACACAGACAACGGCAUACGUCAGGGCUGUGCAUUUAGCCACAUCGCCUUUGUGCUUGACACCCUGGAAGCAUUUGGAAUGACUAUCAGCCCUGGCAAGUCGGCUGUCUUGAUUGGGGUUCGUGGGUCCAAGGUGGGAUCGAUACUUCAAAAGCACGUCUUUAAGGAUCCUAGAAAAGGCAAGUUUCUACAUUGCCCCACCCGCCAUGGCACCAUCCGCUUGCCUGUAGUUACUCAGCAUCCAUACCUUGGAGCGAUACUCAGCUACCAAUCUAUGGAGGCACUCACGCUCAAGGAACGCGUUCGUCAGUCUUGGAGUUCUUUUCAUCGCAUCCUGCCGGCCCUUCGCUCAAACAGCGUGGCCCUGCACAGCCGCAUUUCUGUCUGGCAGAGCUGUGUCUUCUCUACGCUGAUGCACGGCCUGGACAGCGUGGGCUUAGCUCCGGGUGGCUCGAUCCAACAGACACUCUGCGCCUCCGUGUACAGCGCCGCCUGUUACCUGUCGCGACAUGUCAAGUCUCAGCAUGCCGAAGCUUAUGUCUUUCGUGCUGCUGUGCUAAAGUGGCUCGACGACCGUAAGACGGCCAUCCUGUCGCCCUGCCAGUUCUGCGGAGCUGACUUUAAGGUCUUCUGCUCCGACUGUGCGCCUCUUAUGAACAGACUGCUACCGCUUCUGCUCCUGCAACUGUCGUUGAAGCACCUCCCACCUCAGGCCAUGGAGACCCACAUGAAGGAUGCACUUCGGAAGGAGAUGGCGGAGGUGGAAACCCAGGAGCUCAUGGGAGCUCAGGAACAGGCCAACCAUGAUGCAACGUUCAGCGGGGGCACUGGAGCCAUCUGCACCGAGCGAUCCCGGGCUGGCCAGCACCAGGGCGAGCACGCCAGUGGGAGAGGGUGCAGCGACAGAAGCAGCCCCGGACGGGCCGGAAGCCAUGAGACGCAGCGGGACAAGCGGACGGCGGAGAACGCAGCCCCAGCGGGCAAGGGCAACGGGGACCAGGAGAAGUGGCCCAGGCCCUCCGCCAAGGGAAGUGCCAGGACAUCCGACGAUGGUUGGCAGCGGGGUCACAGCUCCCAAGCACCCAGCCGGCGCCGAACGACCCAGGACAGGUCAUGGAGCAGCCGCGAGUGGCCGAACCGCCAGGACCGCCAGGACCGCCACGAUCGCUCGGACCGGAAAUGGAACUCCGACACAGACCGGGACAAGGAGCUGAUGAAUUUGUGCCUGAGCAUGGGCCGGCUCCUGCAACGACACGAGGACCAGUUCGGCAUCAACAGGGCCCAGGACAACUAUGUGAUGUUCGCUCAGUGCCAAGGUGUGCUUUCUAUGGUCCCGGAGCUCUACGUGGCAGCAGAGGCCUGGAAGACCAUGAAGAAGGAGACACCCGAGCUCCUGACGUUGCCCCUUCGGGCAUGGUUGCUGAAGCACUGGGUGGACCUCAUGCUCAAGCGGAUGGAAAUGAUUAUGACGAGCGAGGACACCAUCAAGCAGGCCAAGGAUAUGCUGAUCUUGGACGACCAGUGCAACGUUCCAUACUUGGAAUGGAACCGGAGCUCCCGCUCCCUGCAGAUCAAGAAGGACCGCGACCCUAUGACCCUCAGCCAGGUCCUGGAAGCUCUCAAGGCCAUGCAGCUCCUGGCCAUCCAGCCAUUGGUGGUGUUGCGCUUCCACGCGACACGCGAGCUGUGCCAAGAGAUGAAGUCGGAGGUGGUGCCGCUUAUGCUGCAAGUGGGCUCCCGAACGGCGGAGUGCCACCAGAUGUGGAAUCAUCUGCAGCGUUUAAGCCACAGCGCUGCCUGCCGAGUGACUGCAGUCUCCUUGCGCAGCGACCGGAUGGGACGUUCGGCCUUGGGAGUGGCGGUGCAGAAGAUCAUCGAAGAGAUGUACGGCGCUUAA